AUGAAGUCUGUUAGAAAGGUUUUAGAACGUGGGUGUCAAUUCAUAACCAAGCAUAGCUACAGUGAGAGUGCUGUUCUUCAAGACGUUCGAGUAACAUCGCGGUUGCCCGCAGUAAGUGAACCAUAUGUGAAGCCGACAACUCGGAAAGAGAGAAGCAUGGGAGAUAUACCUGGUCCUUCAAGUCUACCUCUUAUUGGAGCAUUAUGGCAGUAUUUACCAGGUGGACGGUUUUAUGGAGUGGAUUUUAAUGAAUCUGUAAAGAGUCUUCAGAAGAUGUAUGGAGAUGUAGUCAGAGAAGAUAUAGUUCCUGGGUUUACUGUCAUCAGGCUCUUUAAUCCCGACCACUUUCUAGAUAUCAGACAAGCAGAAGGUGAACUACCAGCUAGAGCCAUGUUUGGGAUGCUCAGACGUUACAAUGAACUUUAUAAUCAGAAUGUUCAGGGAUUGCUGACCAGUCAAGGUAUUGAGUGGCAACAGAUGAGACGUGAAGUUCAGCAGAAGAUAUCCUCACCACAGGCUGUCAGAUCCUUUGUCAAGAGCCAGAUGAGUGUAGCCGAAGAGUUUCUAGACAGAAUGGAUGGCUUAAGAGAUAGAGAUGGAACAGUGAAUGAUUUCUUACCUGAAAUUUACAGAUAUGUUACUGAAGCCAUUGGUGUAGUAUGUUUUGAUGGAAGGUUAGGAGUCUUGAAUGCUAAUGAUAGGGAUGGUCAGAAUUUCAUUAAAGCUGUGAAUACAUCAUUAUCUCUGAUUUACAAAGAACUCUUCACACCUCCCCUUUAUAAACUGGUUACAACUCCUAUGUUUAAACAAUAUUGUGAGAACAUGGAUACAAUACGAGGAUUAUCGGAAAAACAUAUCAACAAUGCUUUAAAACACCCAAUGACUGAUGGAAGAAUGAAUUUAAUACAACAAUUGUCAUAUCAAUCUAAAUUAACAUACAGACAGAUUUUUACAUUUCUGAGUGAACUGUUCUUCGGUGGAGUUGAUACUACUGGCCAUUGUCUGGUAUUCUCCUUACAUGCUCUGUCCAGAUAUCCCGAGGUCCAGGAGAAACUUUAUAAUGAAAUAAAAGACUAUUCUUCUUCUGAUAUUUGCAAUGGUGCACUGGAUUCUUCUUCAUAUCUGAGAGCAUUUUUGAAAGAAUCACUUAGAAUGUUUCCUAUUGCUCCGGGAUUGGGUCGCACUACCAGUAAAGAUACAACUACAGCUGGAUAUCACAUACCAUCUGGGACCAACAUUGUGUUACAUUAUGACAUGGCUGGUAAAGAUGAACGAUUUGUACCCAAUCCUACUGAAUUUAUACCAGAAAGAUGGAUUAGACCAAUCCCGACAUAUAUUUCACCCUAUGUUACUGUUCCAUUUGGGUUUGGACCUCGUUCAUGUCCAGCUAGAAGAACAGCUCUACAGGAAGUUUCUCUGAUUCUAAUUAAGAUUCUACAGAAAUACAAGAUAGAAGCCACCACUGAAGACCUGCCCAUAAAAAUGCAGCUUCUGAACUGUCCGUCUAAACCUGUUUCUUAUACGUUUAUUGAAAGGGAGACAUGA